AUGCACUAUUCACAGCAGCCACCCCCUUAUCAAAACCAACAGAACCCGUUGACUCCUUCUUUGCCGUUGCCGCCGCACCAACAGUAUCAAACGCAACCAGAUGGCUUUUUCUAUCAGCCCUACUCAAACGGUGUUGAUGUUGGAGGAGGAGGAGGAGGUGGUGGUGGUGUCUACGUGGAUCCUGCAGGCAUGCCACCCAGAGUGCAGACAGGAUAUAACACACAUAUCACUAGUAGUCAGUUCUUUAAUGGCGAGGAGAGCUCCCAGAGAACACUUGAAUCGCAGCAGGGCUCACAUUCACAUGUCAUGUCGAUUGGUGUCGUGACGCCGACCACCUCGAGGAGGGAUUCAUGCACUUCACCAAAGGCCUUUGGUAGAAUGUCGGCCACAAGUAGUACCAAUAACAGUCCCUCCUUUGGGCAUUAUGCUACGAGGAAAGAAUCACCUCUACCAUCGGUAGCAUCGAAACCCUUUUUACAACAACCAAACUCCUUUUCAGUCACGAUGAUGGCAUCACCGGCACCCGCUUUCCAUGAGAGCGCAUUGCAUGCACCUCAGCCUUUUAAUCAAUCACAACCACAUCAACAACAACAACAGCAACAAAAACCGUACCAACAACCAUCCUCGGCCGGAGUGCCGCCGUCACAGUCUCCACGUACCGGGUUUGUGGCAUCGUUGUUAAAUGUAAUUUUGCCCCACGAUGCAUUUGCAAGUAGCGCACGGCAAGAGUCUGUUCCACUUUAUCAGCAGCGAUUUGGCUACCCUGAGGAUGACCUCCCGUUAUUGGAGGAGUUAGGUAUUUUUCCCCACCAAAUACGUUGUAAGGCCUUGGCGGUUCUAAACCCCUUUCGGGCCAUGGCAUUGGAAGCAGUAGAAGACAUGGACCUUGCUGGACCCAUCGUCUUUGCCAUUACUCUUGCCUUUCUAUUAUCUUUACAAGGAAAAUUGGAGUUCAGCACCAUUUAUGGCCAUUCCGUUCUUGGGAUUGUCUUUGUGAAGUUCCUUCUUUCACUGAUGACGGACCACGGUGUUGCGUUGCAGUUUGUUAUUAGUGCUCUGGGGUACUGUCUCAUUCCAAACGUCAUUUUGGCUAUUUUUCAGUCAUUUGCGUACUGGUUGUUUGGAUACAUUGGUAAAACGAUGCUGCCACCGGCGCUGUUGAUUGUACUCUGGUCCGCGUGGUGCGCCACAGCGAUGUUUGUGAAUGGACUUUCCAUGGAAAAGCAGCGGUAUCUUGUUCUCUACCCCAUGUUUCUGUUCUACGCCGUGUUUGCGGCACUGACGAUCUUUUAA